CGUCAGCUGCGUCACACUCACGUCUUUCAAGAUGGCGGCGCUCGCGUCCUUGAUGCUGCAAUCCAGAGCCUGUAUUCUGUUCAGUCAAACACCCACAGUUGUACUGACAAGAUUUGCUUCAAAGAAAUCAGGAGGAAGCAGCAAAAACCUAGGAGGGAAGAGUGCUGGCCGUAGAUAUGGUUACAAGAAACAAGAUGGGAACUUUGUACAUGCGGGCAACAUCCUUGCUACACAACGCAAGGGUUUAAUGCGCUGGCAACCUGGAGCUCAUGUAAGAUGUUUGGAAUCAAAUAUUUUUCUAUGAGUAGUUGUAUAUAGC